GCUUCCCUCCCUGCCUCUCCCUCCGUUCGCGUUCGCUGAAUCCACCUUGCCACCUCGUCGCUCGGCCAUACCCCGUCCGCCGCCUCCCACCUGCUCGGUCCCAGCCGGCUGCUGACCACCGGUGCUCGGCAGUCGGCCGACCUCCAGCCGGAUUUCCUCCAGGUGGCAAGCCCCAAAGCCUCCAGGCGGCUAGCCCUCAGGCCGUCAGGCGGCCUUACAACCAGCCGGUCAAGCUCCCGACGCCAGGCAGAGUGGGGCGCUUUGUCUCAGCUCCUCCUACUUUCUUUACCGACCGAAUGAUGACCUCGACCGCGUCGUGGCCGAGGUGUUCGGCAGAAUGACACGCCGGGAAGUGGCAGCCUCAGUGCACCGAUCGCUUGCCAGGUUCUUCGUGCAUGACGGCCCAGAGAAAUUCCACUCGCUUGUCGCUGCCAAGGCUAGCCAUCACAGAGCCCUGGGCUCUGCGGACCUCGUGUGUGCCCUGCAGGCGUGCAGGGGGCGAGGCAACCGAUGGCCACUCGUGCUGGAGAUCCACGCGGCGUCAGUCGUGCGUGGGCUUGGCGCUGACCGUGUCAUAGGCAACCUGCUGAUUGAUCUGUACGCCAAGAAUGGGCUCGUGUGGCAGGCAAGGCAGGUGUUCGAGGAGCUUUCUUCCAGGGACCAUGUCUCGUGGGUUGCCAUGCUGUCAGGGUAUGCACAGAAUGGUCUUGGGAAGGAAGCUUUCAGGCUUUACAGCCAGAUGCAUUGGAGUGCUGUUGUUCCUACGCCGUAUGUUAUGUCUAGUGUGCUGAGUGCUUGCACUAAAGGAAAACUUUUUUCACAAGGUCGGAUGAUCCAUGCCCAAGUUUACAAGCAAGCAUUCUGUUCGGAGACCUUUGUGGGCAAUGCACUUAUUGCACUUUACUUAGGAUAUGGAUCCUUUAAGCUAGCAGAAAGGGUAUUUUGUGACAUGCUGUUCUGUGACAGAGUGACGUUCAAUACAUUGAUCUCAGGACAUGCUCAAUGUGGACAUGGUGAACGUGCUUUGCAGAUUUUUGAUGAGAUGCAGUUGUCAGGGCUCAGGCCUGAUUGUGUGACAGUUGCUAGUAUGCUUGCAGCCUGUGCCGAUGUGGGAGAUCUUCAAAAAGGAAAGCAGCUCCAUUCAUAUUUACUGAAAGCAGGUAUGUCUUUUGAUUACAUAACGGAAGGCUCACUCCUCGAUCUGUAUGUGAAAUGUGGUGACAUUGAAACAGCACAUGAUAUCUUCAAUUUGGGUGAUAGGACAAACGUGGUACUAUGGAAUUUAAUGCUUGUGGCAUAUGGGCAGGUUAGUGAUCUAGCAAAAUCCUUUGAAAUCUUUUGUCAGAUGCAAGCUACAGGUAUACGCCCCAACCAAUUCACCUACCCGUGCAUUUUGAGGACUUGCACUUGCAGUGGGCAAAUUGAACUUGGAGAGCAGAUUCAUUCAUUAAGCAUAAAAAAUGGAUUCGAAUCUGAUAUGUAUGUUAGUGGUGUCUUGAUAGAUAUGUAUUCUAAAUACGGCCGUCUUGAUAAAGCUCGAAAACUUCUUGAAAUGCUUGAUAAAAAAGAUGUGGUUUCUUGGACCUCAAUGAUUGCUGGAUAUGUGCAGCAUGACUUUUGUGAAGAGGCUCUUGCAACAUUCAAAGAAAUGCAGAACUAUGGAGUUUGGCCAGAUAACGUAGGACUGGCUAGUGCUGCAAGUGCUUGUGCUGGAAUCAAAGCAAUGCGCCAGGGCCUGCAGAUCCAUGCUCGGGUUUAUGUCUCUGGUUAUGCAGCUGAUAUUUCAAUUUGGAACACGUUGGUAAACCUGUAUGCGAGAUGUGGAAGAAGUGAAGAAGCUUUCUCUUUGUUUCGGGCAAUUGAACACAAGGAUGAGAUUACAUGGAAUGGAUUGAUAUCUGGUUUUGGACAAAGUCGACUUUAUGAACAAGCUCUCAUGGUAUUCAUGCAGAUGGAUCAAGCAGGUGCCAAGUACAAUGUGUUCACAUUUGUUUCCUCUAUUAGCGCUUUAGCUAACCUUGCAGAUAUAAAACAAGGAAAACAAGUACAUGGUAGAGCUGUUAAGACAGGACACACCUCUGAAACUGAAGUUGCCAAUGCUUUGAUUUCACUAUAUGGAAAAUGUGGCAGUAUUGAAGAUGCCAAGAUGAUCUUUUCUGAAAUGUCACUGAGGAAUGAGGUUUCAUGGAAUACUAUCAUAACAAGUUGUUCACAGCAUGGACGUGGACUAGAAGCUUUGGAUUUAUUUGAUCAGAUGAAGCAAGAAGGUCUGAAACCAAAUGAUGUCACCUUCAUAGGUGUGUUAGCUGCUUGCAGUCAUGUGGGUUUGGUUGAGGAAGGCCUUAGUUACUUCAAAUCCAUGUCUAAUGUGUAUGGACUUAAUCCAACACCUGACCAUUAUGCUUGUGUUGUGGAUAUUCUUGGACGAGCAGGUCAACUUGACCGUGCAAGGAGAUUUGUUGAUGAAAUGCCUAUCACUGCUGAUGCAAUGGUUUGGCGAACACUUCUCAGUGCCUGUAAAGUACACAAGAACAUAGAAAUUGGGGAGCUUGCAGCCAAACAUCUCCUGGAGUUAGAGCCCCAUGAUUCGGCAUCGUAUGUCCUCCUAUCAAAUGCAUAUGCUGUUACUGGAAAGUGGGCUAACAGGGAUCAGGUCAGAAAGAUGAUGAAAGACAGAGGAAUUAGAAAAGAACCAGGUCGAAGCUGGAUUGAAGCAAAGAAUGCAGUUCAUGCGUUCUUUGUUGGUGAUCGGUUGCACCCCUUAUCUGAUCAGAUAUACAAGUUUUUGUCUGAGCUAAAUGAUAGGUUAGCCAAAAUAGGAUACAAGCAAGAGAAGCCUAAUUUGUUUCAUGAAAAAGAGCAAGAGCAGAAAGACCCUACUGCUUUUGUCCAUAGUGAGAAGUUAGCUGUUGCAUUUGGGUUAAUGACUUUGCCUCCUUGUAUUCCUCUUCGAGUGAUUAAGAACCUCCGUGUAUGUGAUGACUGCCACAGUUGGAUGAAGUUUACCUCUGAAGUCACAAGAAGAGAAAUUGUAUUAAGAGAUGUGUACAGAUUUCAUCAUUUUAACAGCGGCAGCUGUUCAUGUGGAGAUUACUGGUGAAUUAGGCUGUAGUAAAGUAUCUACAAAACUUUUUUGAUCGAAAAUCCCCCCAAUACUAUUCCUAAUGGUUUCCAUUUCUGGGACCUACACUUAUAUCUGCUAUUGUGACCUAUAUAUCUGGAGCAAAGCCAGCAUGUCUAGACAAACAUGUACAGGGCUUUGGAAGAGUCAUUCAUAUCUGUCACAUGAAGUUGAGGUUUUCUAUCUUUGUGGGUGUCAUUAUUGUCUCAACUCAUUUGUUUAACCACUAUAAUUUGUCUUGUCCUGAGUGUCACUAACUCUUUGUUACUUGCAACACUUGCUUGUUUCAGGCACCAUUCAUUCAGAGUCAAGUGUCUAAGAUUCAAUGUGUUACAUGACAUCAACUGUAAUCAU